AAUUAUUGUACCUUUCUUUGAAGGUAGGCCAGGACCGCCCCGCCCCGCCCCUGCUGCCACUUCUUCAAGAUCGACACCAGUAAGAUGGAGAACACAUCAAAGAGCAGGAAACCAAAUGCACAAUGGGAUCCAACUGCUGCUAAAAUUUUUAAUGAGAUAUGUGUGGAACAAGUGUUGGCAAAUAAUAGACCACAAGGUUGUUUGAACAACAAAGGGUAUGCCAAUCUUAUUGCCCAGUUUAAUGAACGGACUGGUAGAAAUUACAACCGUUCUCAAAUGAAAAAUCGUUGGGAUGCACUGAAAAAUGACUAUACAACAUGGAAGACACUACUCCUGGCCGCAUCUGGUUUAGGGAGAGAUCCAAGGACUGGUUCUAUUGCAGCUGAUGCUGAAUGGUGGAAAGAAAAAAUAGAGGCCAUGCCCGCAUGCAAAAAAUUUAGACUUGCUCCAUUGGAGAAUGAAGAAGAUCUUGAAAUAAUGUUUAGUGGUGCGUCUUGCACCAAUGUAUAUGCUGCUAUUCCAGGAGCAAAGGAAGGAACAGCAGGAGCAAAGGAGGGAACAUCAGGAGCAAAUGAGAGAUCAGAUGGUACUGACGAUGAGGUUGAGGAGGUGCUUCCAUUUUCCCCACCAGGAGCAAAUGCUAAGAAAAGAGGUGCUGCUCACAAAUCCCCAAUGAAGAAAACAAAGAAGAAUUUUAGAGAUUUGCAGUUCAAACGGUUUGUGGAUUCAUUUGUGGAAAAAGCUAGUUCAAGCAAGACUUCCGCAACUUCAUCUCCUAAUGAUUAUGUUAGACAAGAGAUAGCAGAAAUGUUGGAAUCAGUUAUUGAGGCUGGAGCAUGUGAAGGAAGUGAUGAACAUUUCUAUGCCACACAACUCCUCAUCAAGGAGUACCGUGAUGUGUUUUCCACUCUUAAGACCCCAGCUGGGAAGCUUGCAUGGCUGAAGAGAACUUGGGAGGAGAGGAAGACACGCUAG